CUCCAAUAAGGCGUGGGGUUGAAGUGGAGGGGGAGGCCUCCACAUUUGCGGCUGCCAGCAUCGUUUCAGCUCCUUUGGGCAAUCCACCUGAAUGCGAGCCGUACGAGGAUGAUCGUCGCACACCGCUGAGAAGAAAUUGGAAUGUCAACACCUGGCUGGACAGGCUCCACUUGUUUCCCAGCGCCCGUCGAGAUGGCACUACUGUUGACCACGAAAGCAGACUUGACAAAGCGAGCGAGGCAAUACCGCCCCCUACAUCGCCCACUGAAGAAGUUACGAUUACCCCAGACGAUAUCGUCAUUGCUGUCAUGGGCCCUACUGACUCGGGGAAGACCACAUUUAUCGACCGCGCAGUCGGGAGACCCGAUGUGGGCCACGGAUCGACUUCCUGCACAAAGGAAGUGCGCCCUGUCCGAUAUCCUCACCCCGAUGGCGUUCGCAACGUCGUUUUGAUUGAUACACCAGGGUGCAAUAAUUCAUUCAUGACAGAUUUCGAGGUUCUUUGGAAAAUUGCAGAGUGGUUGAAUGCGACCUACAGCAGAAAGAUCAAACUGAAUGGCAUCCUAUAUUUCCAUCGGAUUUUAGACAACAGAAUUGAAGAAGCACCGUCAAGGAACUACAAAAUCUUCAAAGAACUUUGUGGCAAAGAUAACUACAAGAAUGUCAUAUUCGUUACCACGAUGUGGGAUCAAGUAUGGGAAGAGAUUGGCUCCGAGCGCGAACAGGAUCUACAGUCUGACUUCUGGCGGGAGAUGAUCAGCUUAGGAUCAACCACUCGCCGCUUCGAAGGGACCACCGAAUCUGCUCGAGAUAUAAUUGAUGCAGUUUCAUUCUCACGGCUGGCUGAGCGUCGCCCGCUUCAAAUCCAACGGGAAAUGGUAGAUAAACACCUACCACUUGAUAAAACAUCUGCCGGAAAAAUGGUUUCCAGGCUUCUCAGCCUCAGGCUCGGCUCCGAUGGGAUUUUGGCACGGAUUAGAAAGGCUACGGGGAGGCCGAAUUAUCGGACGACGAGAAUCACGGUCACCCUAAGCGAUGAUGAUCUCACCGACACUCAGCCCGUUGGGACGGGAAUGAGCAGUUCUGGAAUUUGCAGCGUGGAAGGCUACCAGGGUGCUUUGGGUCGGGUAAUACCUGCUUUGCAGGCAUCGGAACUUGUCCAUACCCACUACCUCAAGGAUGCGAUCGCUCCGUGUCUUAACAUCGCUCUGUCCAUUGAGACCAUGGCGGGAACGCACCACGCAUUUUUCCAAGUUCUAGAAACCGCCACGCUACUGAUCAAUGCCACAUCCGAGCGUGCAAAAGAGGCGAAGUUCUCGUCAGAUAUACAGGCGGCAGUCAGCGACUUCGCAAAGGAAAUGAACCACGUGCAGGGAAUCAUCCAGGAUCUUGCCGAAAGGACACCCGAAGUUCGACGAGUCCUUCAGUCGACAGAUGCCCAUAUUAUUUCUUCCUGCGCGAAUUCGAUGCGGCUGUUGCGCGAAAUCCUUCCAUCGGCAUCUUCCAUAAAAUACGAUCUCCGUAGUGUAGACAAUGGUUUGGAGGCCCUGAAACGGGCCUUGAUGACUGACAAUUGCAGUUGUGGCAUUCCUGUAGAGCCGGAGCAAACCCAUUCACCCUAAAUACUGUAUUGUAAGCGACUGCGUCAGCCUCUCACUCUCCAGGCAAGGUUUAGGCUAUUGCUAUGGAUCGUAUUACUCGUUUGCUGGUUGUGGGUUCUUUUUGUCAUUUGCAUGUACGGUGUUCAUGCACAAGUUCAUUUUUGUGUCCCUAGUUGUGCUGUACAACGUGACUCUCCCCCUUCCCAUUCCAUGCUACAUGUUAUGCGGUUCAAAUGAUCGUCUUUUGUAGAUUCGUACUCUGGUCCACCUUUUUUGCCUCACACCUCACAAGUAUACCUCCUCGUAGACACUAGCCGCUGUAAAAGUCUGUCUGUUUCGAAAUGUAAAACAAAAACAUUCCUAACAUGUAUAUGUAUGCUA